GCGGUUUCCACGUUUAUGACUCAAUCUUUUGCAUAAAAUAAUACCCGAAAUCAAAGAAAAUUCUUUUAAUCAUAUCACAAUAAUCGAGAGAGAGUGUGAUUAAAGAGAAACUGUCACUUGCUUAUACGCCUUAAUGAAAAAUCAACCGAUAAUUGUCACUGUCAGAUUCUGUCCUAGGCUUAUAAUUAUAUCGAUUUAAGGAAAAAAAUUAUCGAAAAGUAAUUUAUAGUGUGCGAUGAGCUACAACAUCAAUAAGCAGGUACAGUCUUUCGCUGGCGGUCCUGCCAAACCAAAACGCGUAAGUGACGUCACCGCAAUGGGCACUCCUAUAUAUUCUCAGUCUGGCUCAUUUGAACAUACGAUGCAAUCUUCAACAAGCAAUGCCAAUGUCGCACCAGCUUUCGUUGGCGGUCUAGCAAAACCAAAACGCGUAAGCGACGUCAACGCAAUGGGUCCUAUAUAUUCUCAGUCUGGUUCAUUUGAACAUACAAUGCCACCUUCAACAAGCAAUCCCAAUGUCGUCCCAGAUAAUCAAUAUAUGUCAAGCGGAUUUUACGGAUUUUCUCAUCAUGGUAAUUAUCCGAAUCCACAACAGCAGCUUGAAGUACCUCAAAAUCGCAAUAUGUUAUCAAAUCAGUCUGAAAUUAUUCAGCAAGGAACGAGUACUGUCAAUUCUGGCGUCCCAGCUCAAUUUUCUGUUUUUCAACAACCGAUUGUUCAGGACAUCGCCAGGCAAUAUGGCCAGCAAUUAGCCGAUCAAGGCAAGGAAUUAGUUCAUACUCAAUUUGAAAAAUAUAUCUCUGUUACGAAGCUGAAAUAUUAUUUUGCGGUUGACAACAAGUAUGUUAUCGGCAAAUUGAAAUUGAUUUUUUGGCCUUUUGCUCAACAUAAUUGGUCUUUAAAAUAUGAUCACGAUAACCCGGUCCAACCACGACAUGAUAUAAAUGCUCCUGAUUUGUAUAUCCCGACGAUGGCCUAUAUAACUUACGUCGUUUUAGCUGGAAUGAUGCUAGGGUUCCAAAAGCGUUUCUCUCCGGAACAACUUGGUAUUCAGGCAUCUAGUGCCCUGGCAUACAGUUUAUUUGAAUUGGUCGUAUACACCUUAAUGAUAUACAUUGCCAAUAUAUUGACUACACUGAAAUCUUUAGAUUUAUUGGCACUUAGUGGAUACAAAUAUGUGUCAAUUGUUUGCAUUUUGUUGUGCAGUAUCUUAAUGAGUAAAACUGGUUACUAUAUUUCACUAAUUUAUUCCAGCGCUAGUUUAGCCUUCUUUUUGCUACGCACUUUGAAAGCCAAAGUACUGUCGGAUCCAAUUCAGACGCACGAGCCGCCUACCUAUGAUCCGUAUCGACAAAAACAACAGCAGUUUGAACACAACGUGGGACGAAAAAGAAAACUGUAUUUCCUUUUUCUUAUCACCGGGGCACAACCGGUACUGGCAUUCUGGUUAUCAUUUCAUUUGAUUUCAAAAGAUGUGGCGAGUACUGCAGCAAUGAGCUAAUGAAUAUUUGCAAAUUUAUUCCUUAAACUGUGCUCUGUUUCGAUUUAAAAAGGAUGAUGGUCAAAUAAACUAAACAAAACGUAUCAAGAAAAGAAAGAGUAAUAAUACGUAUCAAACAUUAAGUAUGUAAUAUACAAAUUUCUAACACCAGGAAAUUUGGUUUACUCUUGAUCCUGAACAUAGACACGAACAAAAUCGUCUACCAAAUUAUGGACGAGUUAUAUUUUUAUCGUCAGAAUUUUCCAAUCCAAGGCCAGAAUCCAUGCUUACAAGAAGAACUAUUGGACUGUACACUGAAAAUCAUUUUUACCGAUUUUUUGAGGAGCUAUAAGCUACCCAAAAUUAGGUCGUUAGCUACUCAAACUUUGACUUGAUCGUAAUAACGUACUUCGUCCACCUAGCAGUGAGAUGAUACUUUUCUUAUUAAACCGCAUGUGUUUUUUGCAUAAAUAUAUUUCGGUGUUUUAGUUCUCAUGACAUUAUUUUAAUGACCGUCGUAUGAGAUUUCAGUCAUUCCGACAUUUCCGUGUAAUGUCGAAACUGCAAAUAGGAUCGAAUUUGAAUUUAAACGUGUGACAAUCGAUUGAACAUUCCAUGAGAUAUCGAAGUCAGUUCCACUUUAGAGUUUACGGUUAUUUGCGGUACUUCUAGAGCCGGUAUUCAGGUACCAGCAUAACCUAAAAGGAUUCAAGGAUUUUUUUGAGAAACGAUUCGAUGCUGAAACCGGAAUUCUAAAAUCGGUGUAGCCAAAGUCAGGUAAAUUCACCUGAGAAACUGUAUAGUUUACAUUUGAUUCAAAAUGAUUAAAAAUCAGUGUAGACAUCUUUGAGAAAUCGAAGCGAGAUUUAAAUUUUUGAAUAUCUUCCGAAUCGAAAACUGAAUAUUACUAAAACUGAAAUAAGUUUAUUUGGUUAUCGACUAUCCAAAUCUGCACACCCGAUGAACCUGAUUAAUUUAUGUGAAAUAGACAUUUUUAUACUAAUCCCCUGUAUCCUCUAAACCGGAAGUUGGAUCUCCUUAUAGUUUCGUUAUAUUACUUUUUGGUGAGGAAAGGGUUCCAACAAAGACAUCAUAUUAACAAGAUAUCCAGCUCUCACAUUUUCCGAACAAAUCAUUGGCAACAUUCUUUUUUGCGAGCAUGUCGCCACCAGGCGAGUCCGCAUCGAAUCUCAUACAUAGAAGCAGGGGAGAGAAAUGUCAAAUUCGUGCGCGCCAAAAUAGCAGGGCUGCGCACUCAUACAAUUGACAUGAUAUGUUGAAUGUGAUACCGUGCGAUGGCGCUGCUGAACUGAAGAUUGAUUUCGCUCCAAGCUGACAGGGUCUGGUUCCAAUCAGCUUUACAGCCCCGUCCAAAACGUAUGCCCUCCCCGUUAAUUUGUGUCAGGCCGAAUUAGCGCAUGCACUCAUAUAAAUACCUCUUUCAAUAUGAGGAAAUUAUAUUAUUACCAGUUUUUAUUAUUUAUUGAUGUUGGUUUUCUUACCUUUGGUCAAAGUUUAUAUUCUGUUUUACCUCAAUUCCAGUGGUUCUAUUCAACUGUGUUUCGUAAGUGUCUUUUGUUGUCAUUCUACUUUUUUUCCACUCCGUACUUUUGAUGACAUGUUAUUUUGUUUCUUUAAAUGUAAAAGUUAGUUGUAUGCAGUGAUGUUUUUGUUCUUACCAAUAUUCCAUUUCGUGCCUUAGAUAGUGUUCAUAAAAUGUUUUUCGUAUUGAAUUUCUUGUUCCUCAUCCAGUCAUUUCCAAAACAAAGUUUUUUAUAAAGACAUCUUUGUAAGGCCGCUCAUCAUGGUUUGACGGAUAAGAACUGAGGACAUGCGUUUUUAAUUACAUUUUAUUUUUAUCACUUGGGUUUAAUUAGUAUUACACCCAAACCUCCAUUUACGAACCUUAUAUAUGUAUGUAUGUAUGCUUACACACUCACUCGUUUUCGUAUAUGUGUAUAUAUUUAUACAUAUAAAUGAUCGCUUUUACUUCACCAAUAUUUAUAUGUAUUAGGAAAUACAAAUAUUUGCACACAUGCGUACGUAUAAUAAUACAUAUAUAAGUUACGUAAAUGGAGGUUUGGGUCAAAGACAUCAUAUUAACAAGAUAUCCAGCUCUCACAUUUCCCGAACAAAUCAUUGGCAACAUACUUUUUAGCGAGCAUGCAGCCCUCAGACGAGUCCGCAUCGAAUCUCAUACAUAGAAGUAGGGUAAAGAAAUGUCAAAUUCGUGCGCGCCAAAAUAGCAGGGCUGCGCACCCAUACAAUUGACAUGAUAUGUUGAACGUGAUGCCGUGCGAUGGCGCUGUUGAACUGAAGAUUGAUUUCGCUCCAAGCUGACAGGGUCUGCUAGAAUGGAUCUAACGACUGCUGCACAAUAAUCUGUCAGACAAUCCGGAAGGCAUAUGCAAGAGUGAUUGCAUAUUAUGCGAAAAUGGGACAUUUAUUAAGUUGAAUUAUAACAAAUAAUUUGCGUUGAAAUAUUACUUUAAUAGAUGGAUUGAAAUACAAA